GAGAACGACGAGUCGUCGACGAAGACGCGGAAGAAGAAGAAGAGAAGGUAAAGAAAUAAGGGGAGUAAUGCGAGCUUUUCAUUUCUUUUUUAAAUCUACCUUCCUUGGACAAGGUUUUUAACGAUAUGCACGAGCAACUGCAAAUACGAAGCGGUGAGACGCGUGGCGGCGCGCUUCGGGAUGAAGGAGGUGACCGAGGACAGCAGCUGGAAUCUGUACUGGACGGAUCUCAGCGUGAGCGUGGAACGAGCGAAGGACAUGAAGAGGUACCAGAAGGUCAAUCACUUCCCGGGGAUGACGGAGAUAUGCAGGAAGGACCUGCUCGCUCGAAAUUUAAAUCGCAUGCUUAAGCUCUUCCCGAAGGACUACAAUUUCUUUCCGAAGACCUGGUGUUUCCCCGCCGACCACGGAGAAGCCAUAGCCUACGCGAAACUGAGACGCUCGAAAACGUUCAUUGUUAAGCCCGACACGGGCUGUCAGGGACGCGGGAUUUAUCUGACGAGGAACUUGAAAGACAUCAAGCCUACCGAGCGCAUGAUCUGCCAAGUGUACGUGGCCAGGCCAUUUCUGGUGGACGGAUACAAGUUCGACCUCCGAAUUUACGCGCUGAUUACCUCCUGCGAUCCCCUCAGGGUGUACGUGUACAACGAUGGCCUCGUGAGAUUCGCCACGAGUCGUUACAAGGAACCCACGGGACACAACACGUCCAACGUGUUCAUGCACUUGACGAACUACGCCGUCAACAAGCACAGUCGAAUGUACGUGAUCGACGACGAAAUCGGUAGCAAAAGGAAGAUAUCGACCCUGAACAAGUGGCUGAUAAUGAAGAACGUCGACGUGGACGACCUGUGGCACAAGAUCGACGAGAUCAUUAUCAAAACGAUCCUCGCGGCCUAUCCUAUUCUCAAGCACAGCUAUCACACGUGUUUUCCCACCCACGACAAAACGUACGCGUGCUUCGAGUUGCUGGGCUUCGACGUGCUGAUCGACUGGAAACUGAAGCCGUACCUUUUGGAAGUUAAUCACUCGCCGAGCUUUCACACGGACGCGCAAAUCGACAAGGACAUAAAGGAGGGCUUGCUGAUGGACACGUUCGAGAUGCUGAACUUGCAGCAGUGCGACAAGAAGAAGAUCAUCGAGGAGGACAGGAAGAGAGUCAGGGAUCGACUGCUUCAAGGAGUGACCUCAAAGGACGGCAGUUCGAACGACUCCGCCCUUGGUACGACGAAGCUGGACAAACCAGAGGAUUACCUGCACAGACAAUUCAAAUGGGAGGACGAGCACAUGGGCAAUUUCCGUAGAAUCUACCCGUGCGUCGACAGCGAAAAGUACCAGCUGUUCUUCAAGCAGAACAGCGUCUCCGUGUUCCAAGACACGGUGGCGUCGAGGGCACGGGAGGAAGCGUCGAGGAUCCAAAAGGAGGAGAACGAGCAGACGAGAAUCAGGGAACAGGACAGCAAGAAGGUCACGGCUAAGUGGAGCGACUCUAAAUUACACUCCGAGAGUCUAAACGUAGCGAACUCGGCAGCUUCCAGCAAUCAGCAGAGGAACAAGUCUGCGACCGCGACGAAGAAGCGCUUACCUCCUACGAACGUGAAGAACGAAACCUCGUUACCCGCGACGAACACCUUGUACUCGUUCGAGCCGGAGAUCAUCUGCGAAUCGGAGGAAAGGGAGCGCGUGACGGCGCUGGCACAAAGGGAUUUCCUGAUCAAGAGUUACGGGAUGCUGGAGCAGAUCUACAUGGCGAUGAAGAGGAACGGCACUUUGCGAGCCAAUGACGAGAAGAAGUACGGCCUUUACGGGAGGCUCGGUUACGCGGAUAAUGCGAGCAAGAGCGCGAGCCUGUGCAGACACAAGUGCCAUCGUCAUCAAGACGACGUGGAGGCCAGUCACUCGUCGCAGUAUUGCCUGAAAGCAAGUAAAGUGUUUGAUUUCGAAGUGACCUGCAACGAGGCACCCGUUUACGUUCGUCCGAAGAUACCGCGAAAAUUUUGGAUGGACGAGUUGAAUUCGAACGACCAAGCCGGCAGGAUCACCAAGGCUCACGUGGCACGCACCCUGUCCAACAUAGUGCGUCUGCACACCCUCGAACGACGGAGGGAGUUCGAUUUGUCGAAAUUGUAGAGAUUAUGGCACAAUGGACUACUUUGUAAUUCUCUGGAAAUGUCAAAAUUCUAUGUUACGUAACGUAAAGAAAAGGAACGUUCUAGCCUUCUCCAAGCAGUGGCACCAUUUCCAAAACAAAAGAAAACAUUUCGCGCGUCCGAAAUACAUGGACGAUCGAAUUUUGUAUUACGUCUAAUCGAACCCUUUUUUUUUAUCGAUUUUGAUUCGUUGAAUGUUUAUUGUUUCUUAAAGAAAGCCAUUUGGCAAAUUACGUGCUUGCAAGACUCCCGCACUGAUAAAUAAAUAUUUGUUACGUAUUACUGUACUGCGAACAACGCAAAAGAAUAAAAAAAAAAAAAAAAUCGCAAAAAUUCAUAAAACAUAAUUGUAUAAUUUAUUCGAAGUAAAAUUUAGUAUAAACGGAAUAUUUAAAACGAUACAAGAAGAAUAUAUUCCUACGAU